AUGUCCUGGGAAGGUGUCAGCUGCACAACGUCGAGAUUGUUUCACAAUCUAGGUCAAAUCGAAGAGUUCACACUCCCAGAUAUCCACGAGAAGCCAAUGUACAAAUAUGGCCGCCACUGUCAUGGUUUGGUCGAGUGGCUUCACGAUCUCGACCAGAGAAUGAAAACAAGGGGAAUGAGUCAAGAUGCAAUUGACUUGCCACAUACUGUCUUAUCCUUCCAAGUCGCACCUUUCGACUGGCCUGCAGAAUGGAACAGCGAGUGGAUGAAUCAAGAAAGCUUCCAAGAGGCCACAACAUCUCUACAUGAGGAUAUUCUCCUACCAGGCACAGGCCAAGUUUCCCAAAAGCGUGUGUUGGAACCGGACGUAUAUACUCGGGCGCCCAAUCUCAUCGACGCGCCGGGCUACUUCUAUGUGCUUCCUAAUAAGAGACGUCGACGUCUUCUUUUGGACGAGCGGGCCGUUGAAGUCGUCGAUAUCCCGGUUACCUGUUCACAGUCUGAUAUCGACGAGCAGCUUAGCUGGGUUCACAGGGUUCGAGUUCCAAAAGGUUAUGAGAAAAUGAUAAUCGACCCGCCUGAGUCGCCGGGCGAAGGUGAACGUCAUCCGCGCAUUAGCAACGACCAACUUGGAGGUUUCUUGGCGGCCUUAACAGAAUUCACCUCAUGGCCUCAAUCUUUCUUCGGGCUGCUACCCACUGAAGGUUUUUCAUUACGAUGGUCACCGUAUCGCCAAAUGAAACGGAACCUGGAAUGUCAAUCCCUUAUCGAACAGGCCUACAAUACUCUUGGGUGGCGCCUGUCUAAUUCGGUUGACGAGAAGUUAUUCUACAAGAUCCUGUCCAUUGUGGGCUACGACUAUCAGGUCGCUCAUUUCGUAUGCCUACCUUCGACAAGUGGUCUUGUUGCUGCGGCCAAAGUCCAAUUGGCAUCUUUGAUAGUGUCGCAGAGAUCAUAUCUCGAAGCAAUUUACGAUUGCCUAACCUUGAAAGAGCAGGGAAGACUAGAUUCGACCUAUCGUGUGGGUUUGUUUAGGGAGGAUGGAUUGCACAGCACUCUCACCAUGGCGCUGGGUGUCAUGAAACUGAUGCUCGCUGGGAUUGCUGGGCUUGCCUCAAGUGACAUGGAUACAGACUCCAGUGGCAUCGACUUCGGUGACUACGUGGAGCAUAUCAAAUGGGUUCAAGCCAAAUGCAAGCUUUUGAUUGACGCGUUUAUUGACGCCCACGUUCCCAUUGUGGACGUGGCGAGCUUCUCUUGUGACGAGCAGCCAUUAACCUUGGAUCAAUACGGCGAAGUUGUGUUCCAUCUUGGAAAGGCGUUUUCUUAUCAAGCGGCUUAUACAGGUUUCGGCUGGGACGGAAAGAUUUGUUUCACGGAAAAUAUGUUCACUUUGCGAAAAUAUCGAUUCUCAAAACCGAUUAUGGACCUUCAUUCAUGGGCGCAGUCGGAUACUGAGCAUCCGUACUACAACGGCAUAGUAUGUUUCUACACUAGAAUAAGAUGUGACGAUGAAGCAUCUCCGCGUACCAUUAUGGACUUCACAUGUCUGCCGACUAGGUUUUACCGUCGAUGGAACGAGUAUGUCGCGUCAAGGCAUGCUUCGAAUCUUGUCUAG